AUGCCUGUAAAUAACAAUGCUUGUAUACAUACAGGGGCUCUUAAACGUGGACAAAGCACUAUAGUUAAGUCAAUUCCUUAUCCAAAGAUCAAUGAUGAUCAAAUCUUGAUCAAAGCUGUUGCAUAUGCAGCUAAUCCUACUGAUUGGAAGCACAUCGCUGUUAACUGGGGAGGCAAAGGAGCAAUCGCAGGAUCAGAUGUAAGUGGAAUUGUUUCAGAAGUUGGAUUUAACGUUAAGGGGUUUGAAGUUGGUGAUAUAGUUUCAUCAUUUAUGCAUGGAAAUUUCACGGAAACCAGAGGGGCGUUUAGUGAGUAUGUUAUUGCUGAUGUAAAUACGACAAUCAAAUAUGAUAAAUCCAACUUCAAUUCACAGGCUAUCGAAGAGGGAGACCAUAGAUCGAACUUUAUAAAUACGUACGAAGGGGCUGCUUCAGUUACAUUGGGACUUGGUACAGUUGGUGUUUCGUUUCAUUAUCAUCUAGGAAUAAAGGUUGAUAAACAAGCCAAUGCAUCUAAAUACAUUUUGAUUUGGGGUGGGGCUACAGGUACAGGUAUUUUAGCCAUUCAGAUAGCCAAGCUCAUCUAUGGCUUGAAGGUUAUCACCACUGCAUCUUCCGAUCAUCAUAAUUUUUUAAGGACAUUAGGUGCCGAUGAAGUAUUUGAUUACCAUGAUUCGGAUGUUGUUGAUCAGAUAAAGAAAGUAGGCAAUUCUAACAUCAACUACGCAUUGGAUACUGUUUCAGACACGCAGACUUUUCAAUCUGUUUAUGAUGCUACGGUAGAAACCAAAGAAGUGACCAUUGACAAUUUAUUAUUUUUGAAAUUGGACGAAGCUAAGAUGGACCCAUCAAGAAAGAUCACUUCAACAUCAACAUUGGUUUUUCAUGUAGACGGAACAGAAAUGAACUUAGAUGGUCUGAUUAUUCCACCAGAUAUGGAAUUGGUGAACGUCUACAAUGACUUCUGGUUUAAUAUUCUUCCCCCAUACAUUUCAAAAAUUAAACACGCUGAUUUGAAAGUUUUGAAGGCUGGUUUAGAAUCAGCUAAUGAAGCUUUGGACUUGCUAAGAGAUAAUAAAAUUAAGGCCGAAAAGAUAGUGUUUAGAUUAUCUGUUUAG